AUGCCCGUGUCGUCCCACCCGUGGUCUGACCCUGAGCAGAGCAAGCAAGGGAGGCCUCCAGCUGCCACCCACACGGCAUGUUGCCGCUCCUCACUCUUCCCACCCCCUACUGAGGCCUGGCUGCAAAGCCUUUCCAGGGACCCCGAGGCCCAGGGCUGGGGAGCCUGGAAGCCCCCUCUGGGGUCAGGGGAUGGGGACAGGAGGGAGGAUGAGCCAGGGGAAGCAGAGGAAGACGAGGAAGAUGAAAAGGGGGUCUCCCUCCUGUCUCUCUGGGGUGGGGAGGACCUGGCUGAGCGCCCCAUGCCUGACCAGGAGCUAGAGGCCGUCAAACUGAAGCUGUGGGCCAUGGAGCAGACCCAAGGGCCGGAGACGCCCGGGACACGGGGGCCACAGUGCCUCUUCCCCAAGGAGCGAGAAGUAAGCCAUGAACGUGAGGUGCCUGCCCUUAGCACCUGCCUGGAGCCCCCUGCCUGCAGUGAGACCCCUAUCCUGAGGCCCCUCUCUGUAGGUUGCCUGUGCCCCGGGACCCCCAUGGAAAAGGUGGAGUUGGACCACAGAUCUGUCUAUGCAAGCAAUGUGGACUACGGGAGCACAGCAGAGGAGCUGGUAGCCUACUUCAGCCCCCGCGAGGAGGUCCACCGGAUCACCAUCCUGUGCGCCAAGUUCUCCGGACACCCCAAGGGGUGCUGCCCAAAAGGACCAGUUUGCCGGGGAUCCGCUCCACGGACCGCGGGGGCUUCCGAGGACAGCCGGGCGCGGGAGGAGGGCUCUUCCCGCGCAGCGGCGUCCGGGGCGGGACCCGCUUCAGAUCGCGAAGGCGGAACCGGUGGGCGGGGCCCGGGAUGGGGCGGGGCCUGGGCGGUGGAAACUCCCUCCGUGGUGUCCGCGGUGCGGAAGGGCGGGUGCGGUUUUGAGUGCAGCCGCGGGCUGCGUCUGAGCCGAGGAACCCAGGUGGCUGUCCAAAGCUGCAGAGGCAUGAACCACAUACCCCCUCAGAUCCGCCUGGAGGAGUCGGCCCUGCUGACCCCUGGAUUCCUGACUUUGGCCUCCGGAACCUGGGGGUACCGCUCGCUUGCUCACGCACACCUGUGCACCCAUGAGAAGGCACCCCUCCGUGUGGGCUGCAGCGGGGGUCUAGACCCGGCUCUGGACAUGGAGGCCUGCCACACCUCCCGCCAGGUCAGCCUCUGGAGCACAGGCCCACCCCAAGUGUCCCUGCACCUCUGUCAGCUCCCCCUGCGGCGGCAGCAACUUUAG